UAGUCAACAUACUUUAAAACAGGUUAAGAUAAGAGAUAGUCUUUGAUAAGACCUACCCAUACAAGCAGUCUGUUGUUUAUGCAAAUGGAGGCAGUUCAUAAAAGACUCCAGAGUUUUGUUUUGUAUACAGUCAAUUCCUGUGAACAUUAGAGACUCAUCAGUCAAGAAGCAGAAGUGAGUGAGUUCCUAAUUGACAGCUCUUCAGGAAAUCUACACAAUAGUUUCUAUUUCAUGUUCCUGCUGUUAAGCACAGAAGUUGACAGCACCAAAGCUGAGAGCUGCGACAAAGGAUUACAUCUAAGGAUUCUCUCGUACAGUAAAGAUGGUAUCUCAUGAUGGCAUGAUCUGUACAUCCACGCGAUGGUCACAAUUAAAAGGCAAUAUAUUCAGAUUGUUAGCACUAGUUCUAGUGAUCUAUGAAAUUCAGAUGUUAGAAGGAGUACAUGGCUGGGUAUACCAUUAUUCCAAUCAAACCAUGAAAUGGAAUGCUGCGAGGAGGUAUUGUAGAAAUCUAUACACUGAUAUGGUCGCGAUACAGAAUAUGGAGGAAAACAAGUACCUGGCUGACUAUUUGCCACAAGGAAAAGCACAUGUCUGGAUUGGUUUGAGGAAGAUAAACAAUGUCUGGACCUGGAUUGGAACAAAUCGGAUUUUGGAAGAUUUUGCUAUGAACUGGGCUCCUAAUGAACCUAACAAUAAAAAGAAUACAGAAGAUUGUGUGGAAAUGUAUAUAAACAGAGCUGACAAUGCUGGACAAUGGAAUGAUGAACCCUGCCUUCGAAAGAAAAGGCCACUCUGUUACCAAGCUUCGUGCACUCCUAAUGCUUGCAGUGGUCAUGGAGAAUGUGUGGAAACUAUUGGUUAUUUUAAGUGUAAGUGCAAUGAAGGCUUCUAUGGAGACAAGUGUGAAAAGGUUAAUAAGUGUAUGGACCUGAAGGCACCAGAUCAAAGCUCUAUGAACUGUUCCCAUCCUCAUGGAGAAUUCAGUUAUGACUCAAUAUGCAACUUUACUUGUGUAGAAGGAUAUGAAAUACGUGCAAUACAGAGGCUUCAAUGUACAGCUUUAGCAGUUUGGACUGCACCUGUUCCAGAGUGCAAAGCUAAGCAAUGCAGAUGGUUGGAGGUUCCUCGUAAAGAUGGUAUAAACUGCUCCCAUCCACUUGGAUAUUUCAGUUACAAUUCAACCUGCACCUUUAGCUGUAGAGAAGGGUAUGCACUGAAUGGAUUAGACAGACUCCAAUGUCUAGCUUCUGGUCAAUGGUCAGGGCGGACCCCCACCUGCAAAGUCCAAGUAUGUGAAAUCUUAACAGCCCCUGACUAUGGCAACAUGAGUUGCAUCCACCCCAUUGCAAGCUUCCAUUAUAACUCAACAUGCGACUUUAUCUGUAACAAAGGAUUUGCAUUAAGUGGACGGAGCAGGAUCCAGUGUAGAGUUUCUGGACAGUGGACAGCACAAAAGCCAACAUGUGAAGCUGUGAAAUGCGGUGAACUGAAGACACCUCAGAACCUCCACAUGAACUGUUCUGACCCCUUUGGACCUUUUAGUUACAGCUCAAGAUGUGAUUUUGACUGUGCGACUGGAUUUAUCUUACAGGGAUCAGACAUUCUGCAGUGUGAAGAUUCUGGGCAAUGGAUAGCAGAGAUGCCCACUUGCAAAGCUGUUCCCUGUAAUUUACUGAAGAUUCCUAAACGAGGUACUAUGAACUGCAAAAGCCCCACUGAACCCUUCAGUUUUGGCUCUACAUGUGUCUUCAACUGCACUGAGGGGUUCGUACUGCAGGGACCAGGCAAUCUUCAGUGUCAAGCCUCUGGGCUAUGGACAGGCCAGGUCCCCAGCUGUGAAGCUGUAAACUGCACAAGUUUGGAGAAUCCUGAGAGAGGGACCAUGAAUUGCUCCCAUCCCUUGGGACUCUUCAGUUACAAUGCUACAUGUGACUUCAGCUGUGAAGAGGGGUUUACAGUAAAUGGAUCAGACAGUGUUCAGUGUGGAGCUUCUGGACAAUGGACAACACAGACGCCGUCCUGUGAAGUUUCAAAAUGCGAGUUACUGACACAGCCCGAAUAUGGUGUGAUGAACUGCUCCCAUCCUAUUGGGAAAUUUGGCUACACCUCGACAUGUGAGUUUUGGUGUUCUGAAGGAUUUCUGUUAUCUGGAACAAAGUGGCUCGAAUGUGAUGUAUCUGGACAUUGGACAGCAAAGACUCCAACAUGCAAAGCUGUAACCUGUCAAACACUGACUCAGCCUGAACGAGGGACAAUGAACUGCAAUCAUCCCUUUGGAGAUUUCAGUUACAACUCUGUCUGUGACUUUAAUUGCACCGAAGGUUAUGUACUACAAUGGUCAGACAAGCUUCAAUGCCAAGCCAAUGGACUGUGGACAAAGCAGAUUCCGACCUGUAAAGCUAUAAACUGUCAGACACUGUCUCGUCUUGAACAAGGGACAAUAAACUGUUUUCAUCCCAUUGAAGAAUUCGGUUACAAGUCAACAUGUGAUUUUGACUGUAUUGAAGGAUUUGUGCUCAAUGGGCCAGACAGGCUCCAGUGUCAGGCCAGUGGACAAUGGACAGCAGACAUUCCUGGAUGUAAAGCUGUAACCUGUCAGACACUGACACAGCCUGACCGAGGAACAAUGAGAUGCUCUCAUCCUAUAGGAGACUUUAGUUACAAUUCAACAUGUGAUUUUAACUGUGAUGAAGGGUUUGUACUGGACGGAUCAGGUAGACUUCAGUGUCAAGCUAGUGGACAGUGGACAGCACAUACUCCCAACUGCAAAGCUGUAACCUGUCAGACACUGACACAACCUGAACGAGGGACAAUGAUAUGUUCCCAUCCCAUCAGAGACUUUAGUUACAUCUCAACAUGUGAUUUUAACUGUGAUGAAGGGUUUGUACUGAACGGCUUAGGCAGACUUCAGUGUCAAGCCAGUGGACAGUGGACAGCACACGCUCCCAGCUGCAAAGCUGUAACCUGCCAGGCACCGACACUGCCUGAUCAAGGAGCAUUGAACUGCUCCCAUCCCAUUGGAGAUUUUAGCUAUAACUCAACGUGCGAUUUUAGCUGCAAGGAGGGAUUUGUACUGCAUGGGUCAAAAAGGAUUCAGUGUCAAGCUAAUAAAGAGUGGACAGCAGAGAUCCCUAACUGUAAAGCUGUAAGAUGUAACAUACCGAAGGGUCUGAAGCAUGGUACCAUGAGCUGCUCCCAUCCUAAUGGAGAGUUUAGCUACCAAUCAGUGUGUGACCUUGGCUGCAUGAAGGGGUUCAACUUGAAUGGAAGGGACCGGUUUGAAUGUACAGCCUUAGGGCAGUGGACAAAUGAGAUGCCAAGUUGUGAAGUGGUGAAGUGUCAGGAACUGAAUAUUGAUCACCCGACAAUCAUGAACUGUUCACAUCAUCUUGAGAAUUUCAGCUACGGCUCAAUAUGUGAUUUUAACUGUGUCGAAGGCUUUAAAUUGGAAGGAUCUGAGAGACUCCAGUGCAAUGAAUCUGGACAAUGGACAGACGAGGUUCCCUAUUGUAACGAGCUUUUAGGGCUACCCCCUUCAGCAAGUCCUCUGAUCUCUAUCAGUGCAGUUGCAGCAGUUGCUGUCCUUGCUGGUAUCCUUGCUAUGAUUGCCACAUUGAUUAGAAGAAAGCUGAAAACAAAAGAAUAUGAUACAACAAAGCUCAACUCUGACAGUACUGAAGGCUUAGAAGGUACGUUUGAGAAUCCAGUGUUCGACAAUUCUCCUGAAGGAUCCAUUGAAUAGGACAAAUGCCAUCGGUACAAAUGCACAAAGGCAAAAAAGACAUCUGACAAAUGAUUGGUGUUAUUCCACGUCAAGCAUGCUUCCUUCAUUGCAUCCCAAGGAUAUUACCGUCUUCUUCAACAUUAAAGCCUCAACAAGACAACUUCCUCCUUCAGUUCUGUCAAACAACUGUGGAUAACCGGCUACUUUUCCAUCAAUCUGUCUAAUUUAAGAUUAAGACCAAAAAUGCAAUAUCUUCGCAUUCUGUUAGACCCUGAGCUCUGCUUUCUCCCUUACACCUGACCACUUUCUUUCACUUCUGUAACACUGCCUAAAUCUCCUUCAUUCCUGUUGGAAUCUUAAUCUGAUACAUCAAUUAUUCCUGAACCACCUUUUAUCAUUGAGCUACAAUUUAUUACCAGAGAUGUUGCUCACAGUAGCCUACAUCCUCAUUUCCCCCGUCUUUGUUAAGAUCCACUGGAGUAUUUUGUCGUGGGAGUCAAUUUAAUCACAUUUCUCCUCUGUGAUUAUGUCCCUCCUUAAUUCCAGUUACUUCCUCUGUGUAUGUCCCUCUAUCACUGGACUAUUUCUCAUUGCCAACCUCCUCUGCUUGAACACAUUCUUCAGCCAUCGUGUCCAUGUCCCCUGCAACUCUGUCCUUCAGCAUCUCCACUGUCACCUCUCUGUCAUCAAGACAGAGUUAUUCAUGCAGUUCUUUGAUCAUGGAUUUGCAGGCCUUAUCCCUCCCACAGGUUGUCCAGAUAAUGUCAUCUAUAAGGUGGACUGAAGCUCUAAGCAAAGGGCAUUUUAAAAAUGAUUUAUGCAUAUUUCAAUAGUUAACCAGAUGACCUAGUUAUAUUGCCCAAGCUAUUACUUCACUUGAGAGAUUUUUUUUUAGUAGAGUUGAAGGAGUUGAACCACUGUCAUAGAAUCCAUGGUUUCAUGCUUCCUGAACAAAACACACAUUAAGAUGUUUAAUGUAAAUGCAGCAAAUAGUAGAAUCUUGUUAUUCUAUUGAUCAAUAACAGUCAAUUAAUGGUGCAUUUAAGGACCCAUUGCCAUUCCAAAAAACCCAAACAGCCAGGCAACCAAUCCUUUCUCUUUUCAUGGCUUAUUUGAUCAAUAAACUUCAAUGUAAACAGACAUUCCACUGCACGACACUUACAAUAUUACAAAGUACAGUUCAAAAAAAGUAUCAUUAUUAGCUUACCAAAGCAAUUGAUGCAGGCAAGAGUUCAAUAAAAUGCUAGGCAAGAUUCAGAUAGUGCUCCAGCUACACAUUCAGUUACAACCAAAGCCCUUCAUUAUGUCAACUCCUAGUAUUCAAUAAAUCAAUGAUGUUGGAAUACGCAAUUAUUUCAAGUUAGUUCAGUAAAUAACACGUUUUGAUUAUUUGCAACACACACUGAUAGAAGUAUACUUGAGCCAAAAUCUAUAUUGACCACUGGGGCUGUUGUGUGCAUUUGUGUGAAGGAAAGGUUCAGGACUGAUGGAUGAAUAUAACACAUAGCAAUAAUUUUGUGACAUAAUCAGUCAUUGUAUCACUGGAUGUUUGACAAAAGAAGCCAGUUGGCCCAUACAGUAAGAGUUUACUUAUCACUGGUGUCAUGCCAGAGGCAGUAUAGUGGACACCCGGGCCUGAUAACAAACCAGUGAUCGAAUGAGGGGCUUGUGAUAGUUUGUAUUCAGAUGUCAUUAUAAGACAACACAUAGUAUUUAAUUCACAUUGUAGCUUAAUUGAUAAGCAUUUUGUCACUUGUUUGAAGAAUAUAUUUGCCUGUAAUAAAUGUUAUUUUUUGAAUUUAUUGAAAAGCUUGCUGAAAGUCUCUUUUGUUCUAGUUGCCAGUAAUAAAGAGAAAGAAAUUGACCAUUUUGGUGACUAAAUAAAAUAUAUACCAUUUUGGUCCA